CCUUAAAUUUCUGUAGCAUUAUAAGUUAUAACCACGAAUGCCAAUACCUUUCUAAGUUUCUCUUAUGAUCUGAGAAACCAAAAAAAAAAAAAAAAAAAAAAAGUCGCCGGAAACAGAUUCCCUUCGGAGGCUUCUCUGUUUUCCGGCGAUGGAUUCCGGCGCUUCCUUCCUGUUCCUGAUGUUGCUCUCAACGAUCGGUCACAUUUCCUCCGAAUCCAUCAUCAGGCUCCCGUCGGAGAACGACAUUUCCGGCGAGUACUGCGACAGCUGGAGGCUCGCCGUGGAAACGAAUAACGCCGGGGUGUGGAAGCGAGUGCCGGCGUGUUGCGCGCGGUUCGUGGAGGAGUACGUGACCGGAGAGCCGUACUCGCGGGACAGUGAGGUGAUCGGCGAUUUGUCGUCGGCGUUCGCGAAGAGCGUGAGAUUGGGCGGUGACGGAAGAGACGCGUGGGUAUUCGAUAUCGAUGAGACGCUGGUAUCGAAUGUGCCAUACUACAAAGACAUUGGAUUCGGGUCAGAGGUUUUCAAUGAGACAUCCUUCGAUCAUUGGGUGAACUUGGCUGAGGCCCCAGCUUUGCCAGCCAGUUUGAGAUUGUAUAAUGAGCUUCAGGAAUUGGGCUUCAAGAUAUUUCUCAUAACUGGGAGGAGUGAGUAUCAAAGGAAUGCCACGGAGACAAACCUUCUAUUUGCUGGGUAUCAAAACUGGGAGAGGCUCUUCUUAAGAGGCUCUUCUGAUCAAGGCAAACCAGCCAUUAUUUACAAGUCUCAGAAGAGAGCAGAGUUGGUGAACGAAGGCUACAGGGUCCAUGGGAGCUCUGGAGAUCAGUGGAGUGAUUUGUGGGGUUUUGCAGUGGCCUCCCGGUCUUUUAAACUCCCGAACCCAAUGAAUUCUGAGUGAUACUAGUUUCUUUCGUGCUCCAUAUCACAGAUAAGACUUGUUUUGAGCUUUC